CAUAACCUAACUUUUAAAAUUUGGUUCAUAGAUUAUAAUUACAAUCUCUCAGGAUUUGAAUUUUUUAUCGCAUUUCUAAUAGGAAAUAAAUUGCAGAAAAAGUACGAAAAGAAUUUAGGUUAUAAUUGUAUCUAGCUACAUUUUUGAAACUCAAUAUGCUCUUCUACUCAUUUUUCAAGUCCCUAGUAGGAAAAGAUGUGGUUGUGGAACUCAAAAAUGAUCUGAGUAUUUGUGGCACUCUACACUCAGUCGACCAAUAUUUGAAUAUAAAGCUAACGGAUAUUAGUGUAACAGAUACAGAUAAAUAUCCACACAUGCUCUCUGUAAAAAAUUGUUUCAUUAGAGGAUCAGUUGUUCGAUAUGUUCAAUUACCUGCAGAUGAAGUAGACACACAGCUUUUACAAGAUGCAGCUCGUAAAGAAUCAGCAGUGCCAACUAGAUAGUAAUAAGUAAUUCAAGAAAAACUUGAUGAGACUACCAUCAAGGCUCACAGGAUGUUCAUCAUUACUUGUGAAUAUUUCAAACUAAAUGAACUCAUUUUUGUUUAUUUUUUAGGAAGUAAUAUGAUCUUUUGGAAGUUGGAUUGUCUUUGUAUUGAUUGAAAAUUUAAGUAUAAAAUUCAUUGAUAACAUUUUAGUUUGAGAUCACAAUAAAGCUUAUAUCAUUUCAA